UGCAAAUCUCUGGUCACUGCCCUCGCAGAAGAGGGCAUGGCAAAUCAGCCAGAAACAACAAGUUCCGCCACACCGAUCCAGAAUUCUGAGGAUCAAGUAGCAAGUGCCACUUCUACUGUGAACUUGAUAGAUUCAUUGGAGAAACAGUAUCUCAAAAUCAAAGAGCACGCAGAAACCUACCCUUACGUAUGGGCUUCCUAUAUUGUUGUAUAUGGUGGCUUUGGUCUAUGGGCUGCAUAUAGAUGGAGAAAGCUUCGCAAAACUGAGGACAGAGUAAGGAAUCUUCAAGAGAAACUAAGAAAGCUUGUUGAAGCUGAAGAAUCUGCUACUUCUACCAAAGUGGUUGAAAAGGGUUCUACAUCCUCUGAAAAGCCUUCCAAGUAGCCAACAGUUUCAAUAUUCCUUGCCCAAGGCCAAGUAGACCGGUGUUUAUGCCUCACAAUAUCACUUUGUCUACCAUAAUGGUUGCUGGGACUGAGAGAAGAUUUCAUGUUGCUUCUCUAAGCAACUGAUUGUCUGAUUACAUUGAGUUUUUCAGAAGUUUAGACAUCAAGUGUGAUAAUUUCCCUUCCCAAGAAAGUUCCGUGAUAGUUUUGCAGACAGAGGUGUUUCAAUGUUUUUUAGACUUACGAAAACAUUAAUAUUAGGGAAGAAAUUUAAUCCAUGAUACAUAAAGAAAAUUUCUUUGGUGAAUAGCGAAAAUUGUAACUAAAAUUUGCAAGGGAAGUGUGCAUUUUACAUAAUACUUUUUUAUCAUA